UAACCUAACCCUAGUAACAUUACACGAACCCGCCGCCCUUACCGGAGAGUAUUUCGCCUGCUUCCUUUCCCUUUCAAUUUUCAUCCCCUCUGCCCCUGCAUCUAUCUCUUCUCUAGCCGAUCAAAAACCCACAUCUCCAUCCUUCAUUUCUGCGCAAGCCGUUGCGAAUCUUGCGAUCCUCCUCCUCUAUACUUGCGGCAGAAGGAGAGGGCUCUUCCAUUAGAGAAAAGACGGCAAGCUAGGGCUUUUUUGUAUCUUUCUUCAGAUACAGAGACACCCGAUCGUGAAAGCCGAAACAUAUUCCUUUUCUCUUGGCAUUCAAGUGAAGUGACAAACAGAGCUCUUAUGAUCCCAAUAACGGCAUCGUUUUGAGAUUGAUCAUCUGCAGGUCUGAGUCUUGAACACAAUUGGAUUUGUUUAUAUGUUAUGCAGCUAGAGAAAAGAACGGUUUUGAUUACAAAAUGCCUUCUCAAAAAAUUGAAACUGGUCAUGAGGACACUGUCCAUGAUGUGGUAAUGGAUUACUAUGGAAAGCGGAUUGCAACUGCCUCAUCGGAUCAUUCAAUCAAAAUAAUUGGGGUUAACAACAAUACUUCUCAACAUCUUGCAAAUCUGACUGGGCACCAAGGCCCAGUUUGGCAAGUAGCAUGGGCUCACCCGAAAUUUGGUUCUUUACUUGCUUCUUGCUCUUAUGAUGGCCGAGUCAUAAUAUGGAAGGAGGGUAAUCAGAAUGACUGGACCCAGGCUCAUGUUUUUGAGGAUCACAAAUCAUCUGUCAAUUCCAUUGCUUGGGCACCUCAUGAACUGGGGCUUUCUUUGGCAUGUGGUUCAUCUGAUGGGAAUAUAUCUGUUUUUACUGCUCGUGCUGAUGGCAACUGGGACACAUCAAGGAUUGAUCAAGCUCACCCGGUUGGUGUAACCUCUGUUUCAUGGGCUCCAUCCACUGCACCUGGUGCCCUUGUUGGUUCUGGUUUGCUUGACCCUGUGCAGAAGCUUUGUUCAGGUGGCUGUGAUAAUACUGUCAAAGUGUGGAAACUUUACAACGGGAACUGGAAGCUGGACUGUUUUCCAGCUCUCAACAUGCAUACUGAUUGGGUGAGGGAUGUUGCUUGGGCACCCAACUUGGGCCUUCCCAAGUCUACCAUUGCUAGUGCCUCACAGGAUGGGAAGGUUAUUAUAUGGACUGUGGCAAAGGAAGGUGAUCAAUGGGAAGGUAAGGUUUUACAUGACUUCAAGGCUCCUGUCUGGAGGGUCUCCUGGUCCUUAACUGGAAACAUACUGGCUGUUGCUGAUGGGAACAACAAUGUCACGUUGUGGAAAGAAGCUGUAGAUGGGGAAUGGCAACAGGUGACAACUGUUGAUGCCUAGAACUUGUGAUCUUAAAGCUUUUACUUGUAAAACUAGAUCCUGCUUUGAUUCCAUGAUAAUCCAAUGCUUUGGAGCUCUUAUCCCUUUAACCUCUCCCCACCCCUGAACAUUUAUUCUAUAUUUUUUAUUAUUGUGUUCUAUAAUUCUGGAUGCCGAUUUUUGAACUUAAGUCUUGAUUAUUGUGUGCAAUUUGUAACAUUUUUUCUUACUUGGAUGCAUGGAAUAUUACUGUUUGGUUAUUAUU